CUCUCUCCAUUUUCGAAAACAAUUAAAAUUUCACAUAAAACACAUAAAAAAUUUCCAAAUCCAAAACCUCGACAUUCCAACCUUAAAAACCACAAUUUUCAUAAAUUCACAACCGUAUGCUAGUUACUAAUUUUCCUCUGAACUAUUAGCCUCAGAUUUCUCACUUCCACUGUCUAAUCAGCCUUUCAUAAUCUAUCUUCUAUCUUAGAAAAUGUCAGUUCUGGCAGCGAAUUCUCAUGUCCUGUAUAGAGAAAUCCAUCAAAGAGACCAGCACCAACAAUUGUGGAGCGGUGGGAACUUCUUAUUUCAGCCAAAAACUUUUGGGUUAAUUCCUUUUGAUCAUAGAAACAGAGAUUACAGGAAGAUAUCGAGAAGGGACUUGAAAGUGGAGGCGUUUUGGCCUGAUUUAUCAAGACCCAGUGUGGUUGAGAUGGAACCCAUUAAUGACUGUGAUCAACUCGACCAAAUCUUAAGCCAUGCACAAGAACUCUCCCAUCCUGUUCUCAUAGAAUGGAUGGCUUCUUGGUGUCGGAAGUGCAUAUAUUUGAAGCCUAAGUUGGAGAAAUUGGCUGCCGAAUUUGAUACCAAAAUGAAAUUCUAUUACGUGGAUGUCAAUAAGGUACCCCAAGCACUAGUAAAGCGUGGAAAUAUCUCUAAAAUGCCAACAAUUCAGCUAUGGAAAGAUGGAGAGAUGAAAGAAGAAGUUAUUGGAGGACACAAAGCAUGGCUGGUGAUUGAAGAAGUCAGACAAAUGAUCCAAAAGUUCGUCUAAUUUCUUUCUUUCAGUCCCCUCCUCCUUGCCCGCCCCAAAUCGUGAUUGUAAUCUUGUUUAUAGCAUUUUAGGGAAGAAAAAAAAAAAAAAUUGUAUAUUACUUACUAUUUACUAUAUGGAAGUUAAACACCAUUAGUAAGCAAAAGAAAGAAAAAAAAAAAUGGUGUUAAAAAUUGCAGUCAAUGUAAUUUUGUACGAGUUUCUUUCUUUUAUAUCCUUUACUACCUAUGGCAUUGGGCAAUACUUAAAUCUUCACUCUCAAAGAGUGUGUGAAAUUAACCAUAUUGUAGCUUGGUCUUAAGUCA